CCUGCCUCUCCCGACUUGACCUCUAGAUCCCUUCGUUUCUUCCUCUCGAUUUCUAUUCCCAAAUCAUGCCGCCUUCCUCGUUUCCUACGCGUCAACUCUACUACGAUGGCAAACUUUGGCCUGCCUCUUCCGGAAAGACCUUUGAAUCCAUUGAUCCCUCCAACGCUACCCCGCUGGCUGAAAUCCAGGUCGCCGCGCAUGCCGAUAUAGAUGCAGCCAUUGCCGCUGCCGACCGUGCAUUUUCCUCGUGGUCUCAAACCCCGCCUAUUGCCCGUGCCCGAAUCCUUCAAAAAGCCGUCGCUCUGUUGCGCGAACGGAACGAUGAAAUUGCUCGUGUCGAGACGCUGGACUCGGGGAAGGCGUUCACCGAGACGAGCACUGUCGAUGUUGUCACGGGGGCCGAUACCCUGGAAUACUAUGCAAACCUGGUUGGAGGUGGUGGUCUGAACGGAGAGACCACGCAGUUAAGGGAGGAUGCUUGGGUCUACACGAAGAAGGCCCCAUUGGGCGUUUGUGCUGCCAUCGGUGCCUGGAACUAUCCCAUCCAAAUUGCGCUUUGGAAAUCCGCCCCUUGCCUGGCUGCAGGAAACACCUUAGUCUACAAGCCGAGCGAAUUCACCCCCCUUCACGCGCAGACUCUGGCAGAGAUCUACAGGGAAGCUGGACUUCCCGCGGGCGUCUUUAACGUGGUGUACGGUGCGGGCGACGUCGGUGCGUACUUGACCGCCCACCCGACCAUUGCCAAAGUUUCCUUCACGGGCCAGGUGACCACGGGAAUGAAAGUCGCUGGUUCUGCGGCUGGAAAUAUGAAGUAUGUGACUAUGGAGCUUGGAGGCAAGAGUCCUCUCAUCAUCCUUCCUGACGCAGAGCUGGACAAUGCGGUCGACGGAGCCAUGAUGGCCAACUUCUACAGCACCGGUCAGGUUUGUACCAAUGGCACCCGAGUCUUUGUGCCUGCCAGCAUGAAGGCCGCUUUUGAGCAACGCCUUUUGGAGAAGAUGCAGUACAUCCGCCCUGGACCUUUGUUCGAUGACGCUACAAACUUUGGCCCUCUGAGCUCGGCAAUUCAUGCGGAGAAAGUGGCCUCGUACAUCCGCCAUGGAAUUGAAACGGACAAAGCUACCCUCCUCUUCGGCGGACUGGGCAAGCCAUCGGUCCCGAAAGAGUUGGAAGCUGGAUUCUGGGUCCGACCUACUGUCUUCACUAACUGCACGGAUGACAUGAAGAUUGUCAAGGAGGAGAUCUUUGGCCCUGUCAUGUCGAUCCUCUCCUACGAGACGGUAGAAGAAGCAGUCGAGCGGGCAAAUACCACCGAGCUCGGAUUAGCUGCGGGUGUCUUUACCAAGAACCUCAACUUGGCCCAUCGUAUCAUCGACCAACUGCAGGCGGGCAUCACCUGGAUCAACACCUGGGGCGAGAGUCCAGCUGACAUGGCCGUGGGUGGGUGGAAGAACAGUGGCGUGGGUGUGGAGAAUGGACGUCGGGGCAUUGAAGCCUGGGUGAAGAAUAAGAGUACUCUGGUAGACACGAAUGGCGCGAUUGCCACCGUUUUUGCCAAGCUGUAAUUAAAUCAUGACCCUAGUACGUACUAGUACAUAGAUGCAACCAAAAUUGUACAUGGGCUGGCUAUAUUCCGAGUAUAUAGAUCUUGCGGGUGAAUAAG